CUUCAGGACAGAUUCUGUUUAAGACAGUUGAGAAGGACGACUUUGUUUCUUUAAUUUUAUCUCACAGAAACUUCAACAUGAAGUCAUUUUUCAAAGCUGAUUACUCUGGAAGUGGAUCACAGUAAAGGAGUUCAGACUUCUGGGCCUAAAUGGCAGCUUUUAUUGUAGUUUUUUAAUGGCUGCAGCUUUCUGAAGCUACACAGUAGACUUUUCAUUGUCUUAGGACUUGGAUUUUCAGUGUUUAAUGAAUCACGUUGGAAAUACUGCAGCUCUGUGUUGACCAGUAGAAAUGGGGACCUCUGUUUCAUUUGAAGUCAGGACUGAGAGAGGAGUCUUUUGCAUGCUUCUGCUCCUCCUCCUCUGCUGCGUUAGCGGGAAAUGUGAGCUUCAAGAGUCAAAGCCUGCAGCGUCGACCAGCCUCCCCGAUGUCAAACCUUUCCACAAUGAACCCCAGGCCUUCCCCGACGAGGAGAGGGCCAACCUUCCCGUGUUUACGAUGGACUACCCUCGGAUCCAGGUCCCCUUUGAGUUUACACUGUGGGUUCUGCUGGCCUCUUUCGCCAAAAUUGGUUUCCACAUUUACCAUAAAAUCACCAUCUGGAUCCCAGAGUCCUGCCUCCUGAUUGCCAUCGGCCUCAUCGUUGGCGCCAUCAUGGACUCAGUCAAAGAGGAGCCCCCGGCUGUCCUCAGCUCCAACGUCUUCUUCCUCUACAUGCUCCCGCCCAUCGUCCUCGACAGCGGCUACUUCAUGCCCACCCGGCCGUUCUUCGAAAACGUCGGCACGGUGCUGUGGUACGCUGUGGUGGGGACCCUGUGGAACAGUAUCGGCAUCGGGCUCUCCCUCUUCGCCAUCUGCCAGUUUGAGGUGUUCGGACUUCAAGACAUCAACCUGCAGGAGAACCUGCUGUUCGCCGCCAUCAUCUCGGCCGUGGACCCCGUGGCUGCGCUGAAUGUGUUCGAAGACAUCGGAGUCAACGAACAGAUAUACAUCGUCAUAUUUGGGGAGGGACUCUUCAACGAUGCUGUCACUGUGGUACUUUACAGCAUGUUUUCCUUUCUGGCCGACAUGCCCAUUGUUGAGUCCACUGACGUGUUUCUGGGAGUGGCCAGGUUCUUCGUGGUGGCGGCCGGAGGCGUCCUCUUUGGCCUUCUGUUCGGAUUCGUGGCUGCGUUCACCACACGUUUCACCCACAAUGUCCGUCCCAUCGAGCCCCUCUUCGUCUUCAUGUACAGCUACCUGGCGUACCUGGUGGCCGAGUGUUUUGCCAUCUCCAGCGUCUUGGCCAUUAUAACAUGUGCUAUAACCAUGAAGUACUACGUGGAGGAGAAUGUGUCCCAGAGGUCCUGCACCACCAUCCGCCAUGUCGUCAAGAUGCUGGCCACCGUCUCCGAAACCCUCAUCUUCUUCUUCCUGGGUGUUGUUACCAUAACGACCGACCACGAGUGGAACUGGGCCUACAUCCUGUUCACGCUGCUGUUCGCCUUCGUCUGGAGAGGAAUCGGCAUGCUGGUGCUGACCCAGAUCGUCAACCCGUUCCGUACCAUCCAGUUCACCUUCAAGGACCAGUUUGGCCUCGCCUACGGAGGCCUGCGAGGGGCAAUUUGCUUCGCCCUGGUCUUCACUCUGCCCGAUAACAUCAACAGAAAGAGCCUGUUUGUCACUGCUUCAAUUGCCAUUAUUAUAUUCACUGUUUUCAUCCAGGGCAUCAGCAUCCGUCCUAUCGUAGAAUAUAUAAACAUCAGGAGAACCAACAAAGACCUGAACACCAUCAACGUGGAGGUUCACACCAGGGUGAUGGAGCACAUCGUCUGUGGUAUCGAGGACCUCUGUGGACAAUGGAGCCACUAUUACUGGAAAGACAAGUUUAAGAAGUUCAACGAUCGUGUUUUGAGGCGCAUCCUGAUCCGAGACAACAGGGCCGAGUCCAGCAUCGUGUCCCUGUACAAGAAGCUGGAGCUGCAGAAUGCCAUCGAGCUACUGGACACACCUGUGGGAGACCUGAGCGCAGCGCCAUCUAUUGUUUCUUUGCACGACGAGCGGAAGGAGGCGUCUCGGCCGAAGAAGAAGUUCCUGGCUGCCGACGUGAGGAAAAUGCACGACAUCCUGUCGAAGAACAUGUACAAGAUCAGACAGAAGACGAUGGCUUACACCAACAAAUACAAUCUGCCCGACGACAGCCGAACCAGGGAGAUCCUGAUUCGCCGCCACGCGAGCGUCAGACGCAGCAUUCGUGCCGGAAGUUUCCGCGAGCUGCCUGAACGAAACAUCCCCAGGUCUCAGAAGUACUUCUCCCUCCAACCUGGAGGGGAUCUGGAGACCGCCUUUGCCCUCAGGAGACGAAGUCAUGGUGGUGGAGGUGGUGACGUGGACCACCUCUCGGCCCGUCAUCUCCAGUUCUCUGGCGUGUCGCCACGCUCCUCAUCCCGCUCUUUAAUUCCUAUGAGGACGCUGAACACCAUCGAGGAGUCCAGAAGUGCUUCCGCCCGCCCACACUCGCCCUCUCCUGGGGUAGAUACUUUGGACGAGAGGGGUCCUGGAGGUGUCCCAGGCCGGAGAGCGCCGGUUCCUGCGCCCAGGAGGCGCAGCACGGAACAUUUAGAUGGAGGCGAAGGCCCCGCUGACUCUGCAGGAGAAAGGGCCGAACCAGUGCGGCCUCCCCAGCUGCCACCGCCACGUGGCUGGGUACCCGAGAACCAGGACCCCAGCGAAACUGGCGCAGGAAACCCCCUACUGAGACACGCGUCUCGGGGGUCUCAGGGGUCUCAGGGCUCGAGGAGGUCUUGAUGGACACAGAGUUUUUGAAUCUGAAAAAAAAGCAGGAUGACGUCAAAAAAAAUAUUAUGUACUUUUUGCCCACUGAGGUUUAACUCCAACAGAUUCUACCUCAUUUCUCUGAGAAAUGUUGGUGUUUCUACAGUAAAAACUGCGAUGCAGUACGAUCUGCAGUAGAACUACCUAUACUUACUACAUGUUCUCCGUUAGUUCAUUUGCACACACAGGCAGUUUGUCACUUUUUCAUGUGUCUGUAUGUCAUGUUCCAUGGGGAGUAAAAGUAAAAGCAAAUAGGAUUUUUGGAAUAUUUAAAUGUUUUUUUUUUACAUUUGUGGUGUGAAUUUAAUGACUAAAUGUUGACAAAAGUACUGAAUGAAAUAAAUGCAACAAACCUGGA